UGCUCGUUAACCAAGACCGGCUUUCAGUUUUACUAUCUCCCCAUCGUCUACAUCAUCGUGUUCAUCGCAGGCUUUAUCGGGAACAGCUUGGCCAUAUGGAUGUUCGUGUGCCACAUGAGGCCCUGGAGCAGCAUCUCCGUCUACAUGUUCAACCUGGCGCUGGCGGAUUUUUGUUACGUGCUCUCGCUUCCGUUCCUCAUCUUCUACUACUUCAACAAAACAGACUGGAUUUUCGGAGACGUCUUAUGCAGACUGCAGAGGUUCAUCUUCCACGUGAAUCUCUACGGAAGCAUCCUGUUCCUCACGUGCAUCAGCGUGCACAGAUACUCCGGCGUCGUGCAUCCGCUCAAAUCGCUCGGGAGGCUGAAAAAGAAGAACGCCGUUCGCACCGUCGCGCUCGUUUGGUUCAUAGUCGUGGUCGGCAUCUCUCCCAUCCUUUACUACUCGCGAACCGGCCCUAAGAAGGGGUUAACGACGUGCUACGACACCACGACCGAAGACGAGCUGCCUGGAUACUUCAUCUACAGCAUGUGCAUGACGGUGUUCGGCUUCUGCAUCCCGUUCAUCAUCAUCUUCAGCUGCUACGGCGGCAUCGUCAAAGCCCUCAUCUGCAACGACAUGGACAACGCGCCGCUGAGGAAGAAGUCGAUAUACCUGGUCAUCAUCGUGCUCACGGUGUUCGCCGUCUCCUACCUGCCCUUCCACGUCAUGAAGAACCUGAACAUGCGAGCCAGACUGUACUUCCAGAGCGCGGAUAUGUGUGCCUUCAACGACCGCGUGUACGCCAGCUACCAGGUGACCCGCGGCCUGGCCAGUCUCAACAGCUGCGUGGAUCCUAUCCUGUACUUUCUGGCCGGAGACACGUUCAGACGCAGGCUGUCCAGAGCCACCAAAAAG